GACCAGACAUUUUUUGAUUAUUUCAUGUGACUUGUCUACUUGGCGUGGACGUGAGCAAGCAAACAAACGUUACUAUGGAUGUCGGCGAGCUCUUGAAUUAUCAGCCAGAUCGCGGGGCCAAGCGACCGAGGGAGGAGGAUGGAGACACCCUGCGGGCCAAGAUCAAAUCAUCCCGUGAAGCCAGACUUCACCAGAGCAUCCCUGACCCUGACGCUGAGGAUCUGGACACUGAUAGGGACUCAAUCCUUGAGAAACUAUUGGACCGUGAGGAAGACACAGAGGUUGAACCAGUGGAUGAAGGCUCUGUGAAGAAAAUGAUUCUGACUUUUGAGAAAAGGUCUUACAAAAACCAGGAGCUAAGAAUCAAAUUCCCGGACAACCCCGAAAAGUUCAUGGAGACUGAACUGGAUCUGAAUGAUAUCCUUCAGGAAAUGCAUGUCAUUGCUACCAUGCCUGAUCUUUAUCACCUUCUUGUGGAGCUCAACGCCAUCCAUUCCCUGCUGGGCCUCCUCAGUCACGAGAACACCGAUAUUUCAAUUGCGGUCGUGGAUCUACUGCAAGAACUAACAGACAUUGACACACUUCAUGAAGGUGAAGAAGGAGCUGAAAUCCUCAUCGAUGCUUUGCUUGAGGGCCAGGUUGUAGCUUUGCUUGUGCAGAAUAUGGAGCGGCUUAAUGAGCAAGUGAAAGAGGAGGCAGAUGGCGUUUACAACACAUUAGCUAUCAUUGAGAACAUGGCAGAAUUCCGACCAGGCCUCUGCACAGAAGCAGCGCAGCAGGGGCUGAUGCAGUGGCUUCUGAAGAGGAUCAAGGUUAAGAUGCCGUUUGAUUCAAACAAGCUCUACUGCAGUGAAAUCUUAGCUAUCCUACUGCAGAACAAUGAUGGCACAAGAGGACUGUUAGGAGAGUGUGAUGGGAUUGAUGUGCUCCUUCAGCAGCUGUCUGUUUUUAAACGACACAACCCAUCCACACCUGAGGAGCAGGAGAUGAUGGAGAACCUUUUUGAUGGACUCUGUUCCUGUCUUAUGCUGGGAGCAAAUCGGGAGCGUUUCUUGAAGGGUGAAGGGCUUCAACUCAUGAAUCUCAUGCUCAGGGAAAAGAAAAUGUCUCGGGCUGGGGCCUUGAAGGUGUUGGACCAUAGCAUGAUCGGCCCUGAGGGACUUGACAACUGCCAUAAGUUUGUUGACAUCCUGGGUCUGCGAACCAUCUUUCCCCUUUUUAUGAAAGCACCCAAAAAAAUGAAGAAAGCUGGGAUAUCAGAAAAGGAGCAUGAAGAACAUGUGUGCUCCAUCAUUGCUUCCAUGCUAAGGAAUUUGAAAGCUCAACAGAGAGCAAGACUCCUGAGCAAAUUCACUGAGACUGACUGUGAAAAGGUUGACAGACUAAUGGAGAUGCACUUUAAGUACAUGGAAGCUGUGCAGCUAGCAGACAAGAGGAUUGAGGGCGAGAAACACGACAUGGUGCGUCGAGGAGAAAUCCUGGAUGACGGGAUGGAAGAUGAGUUCUACCUGCGGCGUCUUGAUGCAGGCCUUUUUGCACUCCAACUCAUCUGUUACAUCAUGGUGGAGAUCUGCAGUGCAGGCACCCCACAGAUUCAACAGAGAGUCCAUCAGAUCCUGAAUUUGAAAGGAGGUUCAACCAAAGUUGUCCGACAUAUCAUGAGGGAAUAUGCAGAAAACAUUGGAAAUGGGAAGAAUGAGGAAUUCAAAGAAAGUGAACAGAGGAGAAUUAUGGAACUCGUAGAAAACUUCUGAUAUGAGAAAAA